AUGAGCGACAGACCAUUUAACGAAACUGCCCGAAACCUCCAACUUGACGAAUUUGUCAAUGAGGAUGAUCCUUGUAUCCUACGUGGCGAGCUCCAAAAUGACGACGGCGAAUGGAUCCCGGCAGAAAUCAAUCUGAAUGAAGUCUUUUCAGCUUAUGAUAGUUCCGCCCGGCUUGAGUGGGGCGGGAAAGACUUCUCUCUAAUCGCUGUUCAGGUCAUUUUGAAUCUGCGCGUGAUUCCGAUAGAUGGUAAACUAGAGGAAAGGCCCAUGCUGGACGUGAUAUUAGAGGAUGAGCAGCAAGGAGAGGUCGAGGCGUGCGUAGACUUGAGCGAGGGAAUCAUAAACAAUAAUGGUCAAUUUGAGUACCAGUUGGACAGGGUAUCUGAGAGAGAAGUGAGGGCU